AUGAGCAGAGCCCAACAAUACCCCUGGCCAAAUGGCAAACGCGCCUGCAUCAGCUUGACAAUGGACAACAUGGGCGAAGCAGCCGAUCUACACCGUGGUCUCUGGCCCAAGGACAAGCCAAUAGGCUCUCACUUUUCCGUGACCGAAAAGCUUCCCUUGAUGCUGGAUUUGCUCGACAAAUACCACAUCCCAGCCACCUAUUUUGUCGAAGGCUGGAACUGUUCUGUUUACACAGAAACCAUCCAACAUGUCCAGAAACGAGGCCAUGAGAUUGGGUUUCACGCCUACCAGCACGAGGUCUGGAAGAAUCUUGAUGCGGAGACCGAGGUUGGAAAUCUGAACAAGAGUGUCGAGGGUGCCGAAGCUAUUGGUGUGCAUUACAAGGGAUUCAGACCACCGGGCGGGUUGGUCACUGAUCGCACAUUGGAUCUGAUGAAGCAGAAGGGGAUGAACUAUCUUUCGCCAGCAGCCGAGCGUCCAGCUUUAGUGGAUGGUGUUGCGAUGGUGCCCUUUCAGUGGGAGAGCAUCGAUGCAUACUUUUACAUGGCUUCCACGGCUACGUUGAGAAAAGGCAAGGGCGACACCGAGGAGCCAUUAUCACCACAAGUCUUGAAGGAUCGUCUGUUCAAGAGGAUAGAUGAGAUCGUGGCAGAGGGCGGACAUCUAGCCUUGCUGUUCCAUCCUUUCCUUCAGACUGAGGACGAGAAACUGAAGGUCAUGGAAGAAGUACUUCAACACAUUGUAAGCAANAAGGAGGACGCUUGGAUAGCUCAGUGCAAAGACGUCGCGGACUGGAUACACCAGAACCCAGAGUCAUUUGGCAGCGAUCCCGGCUGGGACAAGGCAGAGUGGAAGAAGAAUUAG